GCAAAACCAUAAUAUUAUAUUUUAAGGUCCCUCACAUUCCAACUCAUGUGGACCAUUAUUAUUAUUAUUAUAAUAAAUAUUUCUAUUUUAAAAAAAAUAUAUUUUUCUCUGUCCUCAGCUUUUUUUUUUUUUAGCUUUAUCCUUCACUUACUUCGUUCAAAGCCAAAAACGUCAUAUGUAUACGAUCCUCUUAGGACUGUACGGCAAACCGGCCAAUACUAGACCCUUCCGGUGACCCCAGUAAACCAAAAAAAGGAGACAACUUUUUUGGUUCCAAUACUCGACAUGGGAAGGACACCCUGCUGCAACGUCCAAGGUUUGAAGAAAGGCGCGUGGACCACCGAAGAGGACCAAAAACUCUCUGCUUACAUUACCCAACACGGCGAGGGAGGCUGGCGAUCCUUGCCUGAGAAAGCUGGUCUUUCGAGGUGUGGAAAGAGCUGCAGAUUGAGAUGGACUAAUUAUCUGAGGCCUGGCAUUAAGAGGGGAGAGUUCACUAAUGAGGAAGAAGAGACUAUUAUGAGACUUCAUGCUGUUUUAGGCAACAAAUGGUCAGCCAUAGCGAAACAGUUACCAAUGCGAACAGACAACGAAAUCAAGAACCAUUGGAAUACGAGACUGAAGAGAAUCGUAGCUGAAAAGGGCAAGGAUAAUUUAAUCACUAGAGCCGAUAUUGAAAAUCUUGUAGCUAAAAAUGGUAUUGGUAACAAUGCUGAAACAGAGAAAAGUCCUACGAAGAAUCUCAACGUCGUUGAGUUUAAAGGGUCAACUUUUAAGCUACUUAAUGAUGUUGCUUCUAAGCUCAAAGCAUCUGGUUCCAUCGUCUCAUUAAUUAACCAACAAGUUGUGAAGUGUAACUCAACAGAGGCCAACUCUGUCUCAAGUCCUACUAAUACUACUACAACCACUAGCACCACCGCCAAUACUCCAGCUAAUUUACUCAACAGGGUCGCCACAACUCUCAACUCACCAAAAUCAAAUUCUCUUGGUGCCAUUAAAGCAAUCUUUUCCAGAACAUUAGAAGGCAGUACAGUUAGUGGUAGUAGUGACAUCAGUUUUUCUGAGGUCGGUAUGGGGAUUGAAGAUACUAGUGAUGAGAGAAGUAGUCCUGAAUCUGAAAAUGCAGUUCAUGUUUCAAUUCCGUUCUCCUCCUCAACCAGGUUACUCAACAAAAUGGCUUCUAAAUUUGCUCUAAUGAAUCAUGUUCAGACAGUGGCUGGUGGCAGCACCCAUAUGUCUAAGCCUCUGGUUUUGGAACCAAAUCAUCUGGAUGAUUGGAGCCAAGAAAUCUCCCAUUUGGGUGGAAUUUCCGGUACUUGUAAAGACGAAACUAGUAACCAAUUUGACAUGGUCUUCGAACCUGAUCAUCAAGAUCAUGAAUUUUUGUUGGAAGUAGGUUGUGAGGAUCAGAAUGACAAAGGCAAAGUUUGUAAUGAGGAUAAUGAGUUGAUUAGAAGUCUGUCAAGGGAGACUGAUUCUAAUGAACAAGUUUUGGUAUUCACUAGUAAUAGUAGCUCUUCAUAUGAAGGUUCUAGUCAUAUCGAAGUGGUAGUAAGUGACUUGGAGGCUGCAGAUAAUUGGGAGGACUGUGUUAACUUUGAUGAAUUCUUUGAUGCUGCAACUCUUGAGUAAUUUCUUGAGUUUCUACUUUCCUGAGAACUUUUCUUUUCUUCUUUUCUUUUUCUAACCUUACGUCUGUAUAUUAUAUCAAAUAUAAUAAUCCAAUAUGUAUGAGACACGAAUCAUACUUCUUUGAAUGAAGAUCGCGUAUAACAGUUCCUGUCCCA